AUGUCUGAAUUCCUUGGGCUUGGCAGCCCCGCUGACCGUCAUUUCAGCUAUGUCGGUACCUUGCACAACAUCAACUCGGAGGAGUCUACCGUCUCCCUAGAGAAUGUCCGGUCAUUUGGAACGGAGGGCCGCAAGCACAAUCCCGAUGAGGAAGUGCCCGCCUCAGACCAGGUUUACGAGUAUAUCGUUUUCCGCGGCAGCGAUGUGAAAGACCUUCGCAUAGAGGAGGGGCCUGCGCCUCCCAAGGAGAACAAGCCUCCGAUGCCUGAUGAUCCCGCAAUCCUCGGCGCUCGUCCUCGUCAGGCCAAUGUUGCUCCUGGCCCUCCUGGCCCUCCUGGACCCCCGGGCCCACCCGGUCCUGUACCCCCCGGUCCCAUCGGUGCUCCCGGCCACCAAGGCCCGCCGCCGCCUCCAGGCGCCCCUGGCUUCGGUUACUAUCCUCCUCAUAUGGGUGGCUGGGGCCGCGCUGGUGCUCCUCCUAAUGCGUUCGGCGGCAUGCCGUAUCCUCCCCCUCCCGGAUGGUUCCCCCCUGGUCAGGAGUUCCCCAUGGGCCACGGUCCUGGUCCGUGGAACAACUAUCCCUACCCGCCUGGUCCUGGUGUCGCUCCGGCUGGCGUUCCGGGCCAGGGAGGUCGCCAGUCUGCGAACCAGACCCCAAGCAAUCAGGGUCCUGGCCCGAAGCCUGCGCCCAUUGGUCCCGCGGGUGACAAGAAGCCGUCUACGCCUUCUCAGCCUCAGCAGCAACCCCAGCAGCAUGAGCUGUCUGCCGAAGUACCCAAGUCUUUUGGUCAGCAGCCUGCUUCCGGCGCCCCCUCCUUGCCAAACGAUUCAAAGCCCACUGUCGAAGAGGUCAAGGCCACUGCUGCGUCUCUAAACAAUACUGCUCCUGCUGGUCCUUCUCCCCAACAGAAGACCAUCCCUACUGGUCCCAAGGGCAGCACCACUCGUCCCUCGCAGAUUCUUCCUGCUGUUCCCCUUCCCGCUGCCCUUACUGCGAGACCCAUUCAGCCGGCGGCUGGAUCUGCCAAGCCAGCCGGUGAAAUUGGAAGCGGACCGAUGAGCGCGGCCCAGUUGCGUGACGCGACUCAACAGGCUAGAGCGGCCGUCGCUGUUGCCAUGGCUAACAUGGUUAAGCUGGAUGGCCAAGUCGCUACACAGCAGCAAGUGACCGCCGCCGCUGUUGACAAUCUUACCAAGCGGGUUAACGAAAUGAACGUUAACGCCGCUGCGACGGCUACCGCCUCUCGCGCCCCCUUGAGCUAUAACGCCGCCGCUGCGAACCGCGGUGGUCGUGCGCGUGGUCCCCGUCCGGCCAAGGUUGAAGUCCCUGACUCUGACUUUGACUUCGAGUCCUCUAAUGCCAAGUUCAACAAGCAAGAUAUUGUUAAGGAGGCCAUCGCUGGUUCUCCGCUUGGUGAGGAGCCGGCAAUCGAAGCGGCUGCUCCGGAAGCUGUUGCCGAUGUCUCUGGUGUUGCUCAGCAAGCCUACAACAAGAGCAAGUCAUUCUUUGACAACAUCUCAAGUGAGGCCAAGGAUAGAGCUGAGAACAAUGGCCAAAAGCCGGGUGGUCGUGAGUGGCGCGGAGAGGAACAACGCAGGAACAUCGAGACCUUCGGUCAAGGCAGUGUUGAUGGUGGCUACCGUGGCUUUCGCGGUGGCAGAGGCCGUGGUCGCGGUGGUCGCGGCCGUGGCUUCCGUGGUGGACGAGGUGCGAGCAAUGGCUUCCCUCGCCGUGAUGCGCCGACCGCUGCACAGUAAUUUCGCUUUUCGUGACUUGCCCAAUAUUUGAUGGGCUCUGUGGCGUUGUGAACGAACGUUUUCCUUUUUCGAAGCCUCUAGGUUUGGGACUGAGCAUGAUUUUAUUGAACGGAGGCAAAGGCUUGUAGCCCGGAGUUUCAUUGGGAGUUGUGGCAUGAUGCUAUGAAUUGGGACGAUCCAGGGCAGGCCAUAUAGCGAGAGUGAUUUUCCAGAUCUAAUCAAGGUGAUAGCGGAGGAGUGAGCAGCACUCUCGCUGAGACUGGCCGCAGUACGGCCAUCGUCGCUAAACAGCGCGCAACGUCUUUUACCCUCCAGCCAUCACAGCAUGGAGGAUGAUAAUCACUGGAUAGAUGCGACCAGGGGCAUCAUCUGGGUUGACUGGUAUUUUAUUAUGCACACAGAUCCAUAACAGCAUGGUCUGUAUGGGAAGGGUUCUUUGCCCUUGAGAUGGAAGCGCAGCGGGACUGGCAUUGGACAGACAGAGGCAAGCUAAGCUGCUGCCCUACAGACACAUGAAAACCGAUGAACUUGGAGGACAUGGCCAUCAGGUUGACUUGAAGGACGCCUUUGUUGCGUCGGGAUAAUCAAAGCCAUCAAACCCUCCCUACCUCACCAACUCGUGCAAUCAAUUUGCCCUGUUCAUGAUGCAAGAAUAUGAUACCAUAUCGUUACUGGGUACAUAUUUGUCGCCUUUUCCAAGACAUAGCAUCAUACGUUAUUGAAUGAAGUCGCAGCUA